CAGCUCCGUCCAUCAUCUCCACCGCCCCCUCUCCCCUUUCUCUCCCGACCGCUCGCCGCAUUAGCUUGUGCGCGCUUUGCCCCUCUUGCCACACCCGCACCGCGCAGCGCGUUCCUUACAACAAAUCCCGAGUCGACCGCACGCCACCAUAUCCGUCCGAUCCUUUAUCUCUGAACCCCCCAAAGACCCGCACACCCUGCCAACAUGAGCUCAAGGGCCAAACAGUCGAUGUCAGAGCUCAGGCUCCGGAGGUUGAUCGAGCACAACCAGCGCUUGAAGGAGGAUUUGGCUCGCCCGAGGAUACGAGUCAGCGAGGCGAGCAGCAGCCUUAUCCGGUAUUGCAAAAACACGAGAGACCACCUCGUGCCGUCUGUAUGGGGUCCCGUAAACAAGAGCGAGGACCCAUAUGCGUCACAAGGUACAUCAGGCGGCGGUUGCUGCUCGAUUCAGUGAGCGACGCUCAACGUGAGCGGUGGAGGAGGGACAUGAAUGCAGGGUUUGUUGCAGCCAGCCCAUCGCUACAACCAGACGGACACUCUCUUUCGCGGACUGUAUAGGAUUCGCUUGCUCCCUCCCGGCCUUUCCUUCGCCGGUACCCCACGCCCUGUUUCGCCCGCCUUCUCUCCGCCUAUGUGCAUAUAGUAUAUCCCAUUCUUUAUACAUCUUUUCCUCUCCCGUGUUUCUUGUUGUUUAGUGCUGUCCUCGGUCCGUUAUCCCUCAUCUUUCUCACCAUACUUGGUCUGCACCGGAUGUUCUGUACCACUGCGUCUUUUCUGUCAAAUUCCAAUAGCCUUCUAUGCCAAAUCAAU